AUGGGGCUCACGUUCACCAAGCUGUUCAGCCGCCUCUUCGCCAAGAAGGAGAUGAGGAUUCUCAUGGUUGGUCUCGAUGCCGCUGGUAAGACCACCAUCCUCUACAAGCUCAAGCUCGGCGAGAUCGUCACCACCAUCCCAACCAUCGGAUUUAACGUCGAAACUGUUGAGUACAAGAACAUCAGCUUCACUGUUUGGGAUGUGGGGGGCCAAGACAAGAUCAGGCCCCUGUGGAGGCACUACUUCCAGAACACGCAAGGGCUCAUUUUUGUUGUUGACAGCAAUGAUAGGGAGCGUGUUGUUGAGGCUAGAGACGAGCUCCACAGGAUGCUGAAUGAGGAUGAGCUGCGUGAUGCUGUGUUGCUUGUAUUUGCAAACAAACAAGAUCUUCCUAAUGCCAUGAAUGCUGCUGAAAUCACCGACAAGCUUGGUCUGCACUCCCUGCGCCAGCGGCACUGGUACAUUCAGAGCACUUGUGCGACGUCUGGCGAAGGGUUGUACGAGGGACUUGACUGGCUCUCCAACAACAUUGCCAACAAGGAAGUACACUUUGUACCACCUCCGCGUUUAGAUCACUACUUAGUUCACUUCCACCACAUGGGCACACAACGCUUACUUGAGACCGGGUUGAAGCUGGGGAGCUUUGUGAAUGACGAAUUGUCACUACCGCCAAACUGUUAUGGAAAUGUCACCUUUCUUUGA